AUGGAGUUGCCUGGAAGAUGCCAAGUGUACGACUUUGGAGAUUUGAAUUUCACUCAAGUUCCCAAUGAUGAACUGUACAACAACCUGAUCUUAUAUCCACGGUCAGUGGGUUUAGCCAGCCAGGUAUUGGCUGAUGCUGUAAGCAGAGCCGUAGCCGCUGGACACAGCUGUGUGACUAUAGGAGGUGAUCACAGCUUGGCACUUGGUUCUGUCAGUGGCCACGCACGACAGUGCCCACACCUUGGUGUGAUCUGGGUGGAUGCGCAUGCUGAUAUCAACACCCCUCUUACAACUCAGUCUGGAAACCUCCAUGGACAACCUCUCUCAUUUCUCUUGAGAGAGCUUCAAGAUAAAGUACCACAACUUCCUGGCUUCUCCUGGCUAAAGCCCUGCCUUUCAGCAUCUGACAUUGUGUACAUUGGUUUGAGGGAUGUGGAUCCUCCUGAAUACUAUAUUUUGAAGAACUAUGACAUCCAGUAUUUUUCCAUGAGGGAUAUUGAUCGCCUUGGAAUUCAGAAGGUUAUGGAAAGAACAUUUGAACAACUGAUGGGCAGGAGACAGAGACCAAUUCACCUGAGUUUUGACAUUGAUGCUUUUGAUCCCUCGCUGGCUCCAGCAACUGGGACUCCUGUUCUGGGUGGAUUAACUUACAGAGAAGGCAUGUACAUCACAGAAGAGAUACACAACACAGGAAUGCUUUCAGCUGUAGACAUGGUUGAAGUCAAUCCACUGCUUGGAGCUUCUCAAGAGGAAGUGAAUGCAACUGCUAGUCUUGCAGUCGACGUGAUAGCAACGUGCUUUGGGCAGACAAGGGAAGGAGCACACACCGCUUUUGAUGAACUCCCAACACCCAGUUCUCCAGAUGAAUCUGACAGUGAAGAGCAAGUGAGGAUUUAAGAACCCGAAGUGUUGGGUACAUUGGACAUUAUAGAGCUCUGCUGAGGCACUUGAGUGGAUAGAUUGUCAACACUUGGCAAAUACUGUUAACUUCUCAGUUUUUAAAUAAACUAGCUUUUCCACUG